GAAAGAUGUGGCCUUUUUUAGUGCAUUUUGUGAACGCACACAAUUAAUAUUAUUUUCGAAUUCUUAAAUAAAAAAUAAAAGUUCCUGAUCCAAUAUGUCCACCAGGUGGUACCCCAUCUACCAACGCGGUAAUCCGCAACUCCGGGUUUUCCUGCCCAACUUUUGGAUGAAGCUUAUCCGGCCGACGGAAGAACAGCCAGCCAAUGUGGUUACCUUCUCUGUGUCCAUGGAGAUGACAAAGUACGAUGUGCGCAGCUAUCUAGAAAAGAUCUACAAACUCCCAGUGGUGGAUGUGCGUACUCGAAUUGCCCUGGGAGAGACCAAGAGGGAUCAGACCUACGGAUACAUCACGAAGAAAGACGACGUGAAGCUGGCUUAUGUAACACUGCCCAGGGAAGAGUCCUUUGUCUUUCCCGAUUUCUUCACGGAAAAGGCAGAAAAACAAGCCAAGGAGGAGAAGUCGCUUGACGAAUCGAAAGCCGGUUUCCGCAGAUUUUUGGAUAGGAACAAGAAGCGGCCCGGCACUCCAGGCUGGUUUUCCAUUUAGUUGAUAGUCUGUAGUCUUAGCUCAUUUGUUGUUUCAACGGUUAUAUAAACAUUUAUUUCGAAAGUCCGAAUAAUAACAUAAAGCUAA